CAGAAUGCAGUUCGGUCUAAACACUGAUUGUCCAUUGGCGGUUUUCUUUAUACAUCCAUGAUUGGUUGGUGAGAAAAGUUUCAGGAAGUAGUUCCUAAAAUUACAUUAGCCGACUAAAACUCCUCAUGACAAUCUGCUGCUGGGAUUACUAAAAGCUAUCUCAUGGCUGGCAGAAGAGUUGUGGUCUUCCCAUCCUCAGCGGAGCUUGGUCCAGUGUUGGCCCAGCUUGUGACAUCUCGGGCUGAGAAGGCAAUCACCUCUCAUGGCAGGUUCACCCUGGGCCUUUCUGGAGGAAGCCUUGUGUCCAUGCUGGGCAAAGAGCUGCCCGCCCUUCCCGACCUGGACUGCAGCAAGUGGGUGGUUGGUUUCUGUGAUGAGCGGCUGGUUCCCUUCGAUGAUCCUGAGAGCACCUAUGGGCUAUACAAGGGUCAGUUGUUUUCCAAGGUCAACAUCCCUGACAGUGGGAUCUUGACCAUUGACUCAUCCUUGCCAGUCAACGAAUGUGCUGAGGAUUAUACCCGCAAACUGAAGGAGGUCUUCCCAGGUGAUAGCUUCCCGGUGUUUGACCUGUUACUGCUAGGUAUGGGGCCUGACGGACACACCUGUUCCCUCUUCCCAGACCACCCUCUCCUGGAGGAAACCAAGAAGAUUGUGGCCCCCAUCAGCGACUCUCCCAAACCACCACCACAGCGUGUAACUAUGACCUUUCCAGUGGUGAACUCUGCGCGCUGUGUGGCUUUUGUGUCAACAGGAGGAAGCAAAGCGCCCGUUCUGAAGGAAGUGCUGGAGGGAAGAGAAGGUCCAGCUUAUCCAGCAGCCCGCGUUGUCCCGACUAAUGGCGAGCUGUUUUGGCUAGUGGAUGACCCCGCAGCUGCCUCCUUAACCAUACAGGUAGAGAGGCUAGGUUCAGGGGCCAAACUAUAAAGCUGCCCAUCACAUAAAUGAUGGCAAGAAUCUAACCUUAAAGUAGUAACUUGAAAGAAGUGCAGAACAUUCCUAGCUUCAGACGACAGUGUUAUUCCUUUAUAUAGAUGAGUUGGUGAGAUAGGGUAUGGAGAUGAUUAAAACACAUUAAAUAUGGUUGUAAUCAAAGUCAUAGGAUUCAGCACUUAUUGGAAUGUGGUUAGUAUGAGAGCUUGAGGUGUAGCUUUUCCCCAGUAAGGUUUUUACUUUAAUAGAUGUCUGAACAUAACUGUACAGAAUAUUGCAGAGUUUGAUACUAGAGAAUGCACUUCGGGUGUGGGAGACAUCUUGCUCUGGCUAUAAACUAUCAACAGAGAAUGAGUUGGUGUACAUGUGUGCAUUUAGAACAAUCUAUUUUCUUUUGUUGUGAUAACCCCGUACAAAAAAAUACUAACUCAUAGUAUUUCACUGACUAAAAAUAUGUCUGAGGUAGAUCUUUAAAUUUAGAAAUGUUUGGCUUUGAAGUUCAGGAGAUAAAACAGAAAACAGUUCAUAUAUCUGACAACGUUAUAAUUAAUACAUUGUAUUUGGGUGCAUUUUAGAAACGCCUUUUAAAAGGUAUUUUCAUUAACAAUUUGGAAAAAUAAAAUGUGAAUUGAA